CGGCCAAAAUUUUCGAAACACUACGCCUGGCAAAACCACGCGGUGCCGCCACUACUCCCCACCGCUGCCCCAAAAUCCCCCAAUUCUCCCCCUCUCCGCCUACUCGCCGUCGCCGCGCGCCCUCCACGGCGCUGCAGCCCUAGCUCCGGGGGGCCCAGAGGCUCGCGGCGGCGUCCUCGCUCGACACCCACCCACCGGCGACGACGACUCGCGACCCCGGCGCGCCCCUCCGUUUGGGGCCCGCGCGCGUCUCCCCCGCCGCGGCAGCACACGCGCGCGCCAGGUUUGGGUAAAUCUGUAUUGCCAUCUUUGACUUACAAAAAUGAAGUGCAAUGCUUGCUGGCGGGAAUUGGAAGGGCAAGCCAUAACCACCACUUGUGGUCAUCUUUUAUGUAUCCUUCAGCACCCUGCGCUCUUAUUUAUUUUGAGUUAGAAUAUGUCGUCUGCAACUUUGCAGAGAAUGAAUACCUUAGUUCAAUUUGAUUGGUCACUGUCAACUAUUUGCGCAGGUACUGAGGAUGCCAAGAAAAUAUUGAGUAAUGAUGGUGCAUGUCCAAUAUGUGAUCAAGUUCUGUCGAAAAGCCAUAUGAAACCAGUGGAUGUAGAUCCGAAUGAUGAUUGGACAAAUAUGGCAAUGGCUGGGAUUUCUCCACAAAUACUCAUGAAAAGUGCAUACAGAAGUGUCAUGUUUUACAUUGGACAAAAGGAACUGGAGAUGCAGUACAAGAUGAACCAUGUUGUUGGUCAGUGCAGACAGAAGAUUGAACUUAUGCAGGGAAAGUUUACAGAGAAGCUAGAAGAACUGCACGCUGCAUACCAAAAGAUGGGUAAAAGGUGCCAGUUGAUGGAACAGGAAAUUGAAAACCUCACCAAGGAUAAGCAAGAGCUUCAAGAGAAAUUCGCAGAGAAAUCCAGGCAGAAGAGGAAGCUUGAUGAGAUGUAUGAUAAACUAAGGACUGAGUAUGACUCUGUGAAACGUUCGGCCAUCCAGCCUGCCAAUAACGUCUUCCCAAGGGCUCAGCAAGACUUGUUUGCGGGCAUGCCAAAUAUGAUGGAUAACAGUAAUCCUCUCAGGCAAGGUUUGGUUUUUACCCCUGACACUCCAGGGCGGAGAGAGGACAUGUGGGCUCCCGCACCACGGCAACGGCACUCGAACCCUGAUACAUUUGAAGUUUCUGGGGGAUCUGCUCACAUGGGAGCUCCUCCUGUUGAUGCUAGACCCCGCAAACCAGCUGGGCCUGUCUUUGGAGCUGGCACGAACAAUCCUUCUGCAGCCUUGCGGAAUAUGCUGAUCUCACCGGUGAAGCGCCCUCAGCAGUCUCGAAACCGUCCGCACAUGUUCACGUUGUAGAAUUGGAUGCGAGACCUCAGCGGGCACCUGUACAUGAUGUAAAUCUCUCUGAGCUUUAUUUUGAUAGAAAAUGCUCCUGUGUAUCCCUGGGACACGGUUUCCUCAUUUCUCAGAAGUACGAUAGCAAGCAGAGCUGCACAUUAUUUCCUUACCUGAUUAGUGGGAUGUACAGUAUCCAUGUGAUCCUCGUCCAACCUUUUGCUGGCCAUGCUCUAUAGGAAGGUGGACCUAAAUAGCCAUGUGCAUGACAAAUAUAGUAAUGGACGGCAGUUAUACUAUUUACAUUUCCCCCUUUUAGUUAAGUUUUUAUGUUAGUUGAAUCACAGUAUCUGGUCAGUUGUUUUAGCUUCCCCUGAAAAUCUCUCUGCUUGCUGCGUUUUCGUCACUGCUUGACAGCUUAUGUACUAUAGCGACUUAAGUGGGUUCCAUUAAGCAGUUUUGCUUAUGUAAUCUAGUUGAUGUUCAGGCCAACGUUUGCUAUUCGGAGCUUGCAAAAAAGAUGUGACUGUUGAUGA